GGCACGUGCCCGUGUUUACGUCCCUCGUGGAGCGCCGACGUCAGCGGGCUAUGGCAACAUUGUAGCGAGGCUGAGGCUCAGAGUGGAGUGGCGGUAUCCGCGUAUUAGGCAGCUCAACUUGGGAGGGCCUCAGGGCCAGUGCGCAGAGUACUGGCCCGCGCAGGCACUGGCCUUGUUCCGGGCGGGUUCGGCGGGAAGCGGGCGAAGUGAGAGGCCCCGCGGCGCGCGCAUUGUCUCCGAGCCGCGCCACUUGGCGGAGUGGGGAGGGGGAGCGGCCAAGAUGGCUGCGGGCGCCCGGCACGGCUGACGGGGCGGCGCGACACCAUGGCCUUCGCUUUGGAGGAGACGCUCGAGGCCGACUGGGUGGCCGUACGGCCCCAUGUGUUCGACGAACGCGAGAAGCACAAGUUCGUCUUUAUCGUGGCCUGGAACGAGAUUGAGGGCAAGUUCGCCAUCACCUGCCACAACCGGACGGCGCAGCGGCAGCGCAGCGGCUCCCGGGAGCAGGCGGGGGCGUCAGGCCCGGCCCGGCCCGAGGCCUCGGCUCCCGCCACGCCGGUCGUCAGUCCGGGACCCCGCAGGAGCGCGGCCGGCGGAGGGGCGGGCCGCCCCGGGGACAGCCCGGCGCGCAGGGCCCCGGAUCCUGGAGAUGCCCGGCCGGCGGCCUCCGCGCGCGUGCUGAGCGCCUGCGGGGCGGCCGCCGAGGAGAUCGAGGUACUUGACGCGGGCGCGGAGCCCGAGCCGCCGGGCGAGGAGUGCAGCUGGGCCGGGCUUUUCUCCUUCCAGGACCUUCGCGCCGUACACCAGCAGCUGUGCUCCGUGAACUCUCAGCUGGAACCCUGCCUGCCCGUGUUCCCCGAGGAGCCCUCCGGCAUGUGGACCGUGCUGUUCGGGGGCGCCCCCGAGAUGACGGAGCAGGAGGUGGAUGCGCUGUGCUACCAGCUGCAGGUCUACCUGGGCCACGGCCUGGACACCUGCGGCUGGAAGAUACUGUCCCAGGUACUCUUUACCGAGCCCGAUGACCCGGAGGAGUACUACGAGAGCCUCAGCGAGCUGCGCCAGAAGGGCUACGAGGAGGUGCUGCAGCGGGCCCGGAAGCGCAUCCAAGAGCUCUUGGAUAAGCACAAGAAUACCGAAAGCAUGGUGGAGCUUCUGGACUUGUAUCACCUGGAGGAUGAGGCUUACAGUAGCCUUGCUGAAGCCACAACUGAGCUCUACCAGUACUUACUGCAGCCGUUCAGAGACAUGAGGGAACUUGCCAUGCUGCGGCGACAGCAGAUUAAGAUAUCCAUGGAGAAUGAUUAUCUGGGACCCCGAAGAAUUGAGAGUCUACAAAAAGAAGAUGCUGAUUGGCAGCGGAAAGCUCACAUGGCUGUAUUGUCUAUUCAGGACCUUACUGUCAAAUAUUUUGAAAUAACAGCAAAAGCUCAAAAAGCUGUCUAUGAUCGAAUGAGAGCUGAUCAGAAGAAAUUUGGUAAAGCAUCAUGGGCAGCAGCCGCUGAACGAAUGGAAAAACUCCAGUAUGCAGUUUCCAAAGAGACUUUACAGAUGAUGAGAGCUAAAGAGAUCUGUUUGGAACAAAGGAAACAUGCACUAAAAGAAGAGAUGCAGAGUUUGCAAGGUGGCACAGAAGCCAUAGCUCGACUGGAUCAGUUAGAAGCUGAUUAUUACGAUCUACAACUUCAGUUAUAUGAAGUCCAGUUUGAAAUCUUGAAGUGUGAAGAGUUACUAUUGACAGCACAGCUGGAAAGCAUCAAAAGACUUAUAUCAGAAAAGAGAAAUGAGGUGGUAUACUACGACACUUACGAGAGCAUGGAAGCCAUGUUGGAGAAGGAGGAGAUGGCAGCGUCCAUGCAUGCACAGAGGGAAGAGCUGCAGAAACUGCAGCAGAAGGCACGUCAGCUGGAAGCCAGGCGAGGCCGCGUCUCAGCUAAGAAAGCCUACCUCAGAAACAAAAAGGAAAUCUGUAUUGCAAAACACAAUGAAAAAUUCCAGCAGCGUUUUCGGAGUGAAGAUGAAUAUAGAAUCCAUCACACAGUACAACUAAAAAGAGAACGAUUACACGAUGAAGAGGAAAAAAAAAGUGCCUGGGUUAGUCAAGAGAGGCAGAGGACCCUGGAUAGACUUCGAACAUUUAAACAGAAGUAUCCCGGGCAAGUCAUACUUAAGUCAACUAGAUUACGACUGGCCCAUGCAAGGAGAAGAAACACAGGAAGCCCAGUGCCGCAGGAGGACCAUUGUGACUCUGCGCCAGAGCCGCUGCAGGUGGAGCCCACCGUGCAGGCUGGAGGCUGUGGCCAACUUAAUCCCUCACCGACAGCAUCCCAGGGCCUCCGGAGCCGUGCACAACUUGAAGACUCUUCACUAGCACAACUUGAAGCCGUGUCCUUACCUCUCAGUGGGGUCACCUCUGAACCACCUCCUGCUGCAUCUCUUCAGAUUUUAAAUAAUAAUGACCUCAAACCACGUUCUAUCACUGUAAAUCCACCUCCAUCACCAGUUCCUCCCACGCCCCCUCCACCACCGCCCCCUCCGCCACCCCCUCCCCCCCUGCCUGUUGCAAAGGACAGUGCUAUUGACCCAGAGACCCUGGAGAUAGGGCCGCCCAGGAAGGACGGGGAGAAGAGGAUCCCGAAGUCAGCCAGCGCCCCUUCAGCACACCUUUUUGACAGCAGUCAGCUGCUCAGUGCCCGGAGGAAGCUCAGGAAGACAGCAGAAGGUUUGCAGAGGAGGAGAGUGAGCUCACCCAUGGAUGAGGUGCUAGCAUCCUUGAAGCGUGGUAGUUUUCACCUGAAAAAGGUUGAACAACGAACUCUGCCUCCUUUUCCUGAUGAAGAUGAUAGUAAUAAUAUCUUGGCACAAAUAAGGAAAGGGGUCAAAUUGAAGAAGGUACAGAAGGAAGUUUUGAGAGAGUCUUUCACACUGCUGCCUGACAUAGACCCGCUAACACGGAGCAUCCAUGAAGCUCUGAGAAGAAUUAAAGAAGCAUCCCCUGAGUCGGAAGAUGAGGAGGAGGCCUUGGCCUGCACAGACUGGGAGAACUGACAAGUAAAUGGUGACUAGAGAGAAGAAAAUUAUUUACAGAUGAAGAUUGGUUCUGAUUCUUUUGGAUAACAGUAGUUUAAGCAAUUUGUCCCACAGUUGGAUUCCACUAGAUCCCAAGUUUGUUGGCUCAAGUGGUGUGAAAACAAAAACGAAGCACAACUGGCAGUUCCUUUUCAGUCAUUCCAACGGAGAGUGUCUGGCGUGAGUUUCAGAUGUGCAGAGUUCCUGACCGCAGUGAAGAACAGGCCUUCUCUUCCCACCUACCCAGUAGAUCCUUGUGAUGGCCAUUUAAGCUCAGGGUCAUGAUGAACCAGAAGAGCACUGGGUUGACUGAGUCUGCUGUGAGCUGUUUGGGGACCAUUUUGCGAUCAUCUUUGAGUACACUGAAAAGAUCUGCUGUGAAAAUACAGAGCUUCUUCCAUGUUAGCUAUAGAAAUAGUGCUGGAAAAGAGUUGUUGGGGAUGCUAGAGGUCAGAUGGAAAUGCACUCAGAACUUACACAUUACUCUUCUCCAAAAGGAUUUUCAUAAUGAUGCUCACCAUCUGGAAGCCAAUGGAAUACACCUAUUAAUGUGUGUACCACGACAUUCAACAAGGCAUAUUUUUAGAAGGCCACACAGUCUUACUUAUACUUUGUAAGGGUUUGAAAUUUAAAUUUCCAUGCUUUUAAAUAGCUUUUCAUAAUUCUGAAUUUAUAAUAGUUUGAAUUUUAUGUGUGUCCUUGUUUAUGAGAAGCAAUACUUCAUGAUUUGAUAACAUUUGAAAUUAUUUUUAGUCUUUUUGUUUGAACUAUUGCUUUAUGACUGUAACUCAUGACUUUCCUAUUAAGAAUCAAAAAUCGGGAUUCAGUAAUAGGGAUACAGAUCUUAUCAUGCACCACUUUGAAGUUUUUAUUUUGCUCCACAGUGAAAAGUAUGUGCUCCACAAAGAUGCAGAAAAGCUUCUUUGGCUGCAUUUCACUUUCUCUGAAUGUCUGAAUGGAACUUUGGAGAGACCUCUUAUUGAUGUCACAGAAUUUUAAAUAUACACACAUAGCUCUAGGUUUGCUGUAAGGAAUUCUGAAGGGUACAUCUGUGAAUGGAGUCAUCAUGGAUUGUCAGCAGGAUUGCCAUGGGCUUGCACAAAGGUAGAUAAGAUAUGUUAUAUGUAAUUUACGGCAUUUUUAUAAAGUGUAAUUCUGCACUAGAUAGGCCUUGGCCUUUAUAUGGGGGAGUUAGGAUUCAAGUGUUAAGAAGAAUUUUAUUAUCUUAGAAGGCAAAACUGGCCUGACCCCAGAAAGCAGAACUAAAGUCAAAGUUCCUCAGUGUAUGUGAGUUGUGUUUCCUGGAGAAAUGCUCACAUUCUUGUCAUUUUUGAAAUUUUCUUUAAAAUAGUUGAGGAGAAGUAUUCUGACAACAGGUUAUAUAAGACAGUCUUUCUGCUUAAAUGUCAGUCAUGUAGGUGCUUCCUGCAUAGCAUCCUAUGAUACAUUAAUUUUAGUCCCAGCACAAUUCAUACAUUUCUUCUGGGAAGAUUAGAAAUAUAAAUCUUCUGUUGUUGUUUGAGACAGGGCCUCACUGUGUAGUUCUGGCUGGCCUUGAACUCACUAUGUAGUCCAGGCUGGCCUCAAACUUGUGAUCUUUUAUCUCAGACUCCCCAGUGCUGGGAUUACAGGUGUGCACCUGACUAGAAAUACAAAUCUAGUACACAAACUUUUUCCCAAGAUGGGAGGGUAAGUGGGUAUCCUUUAUAACUUCAGUAAGGCAUUAAAGCGUGGUUUUUAACCAAAAGAACCAUGUUAGAAUGUUAAUAUAUUUGGAAAAUUUUAAAGUAAAUGUAGAAACCUUUAGUAAAAAUCAUGUAUCAAUUUUAUGCAUUUGGUUUUGGAUAAAACAUAUCCAGUUUUUUGGAUGCUUGUUCAUAACCCAAGUUUUAUUCAUUUAUUUCAACUUUAGAAGAAAAUACAGAAUUAACAAAAAACCCUGGAACCUUCAUAGGUUGAGAGGAAUCGCUAUUUAUUGUUAUCCUGGGAUUUCAUAUAAAACAGGCUCACUUAGAAAAGAUCCUGUGAUGAGUCUUCCCACCCUAGCAGACUCAGAGGGGUGUAGGACACUGUCAGCCUUCAGAGGGUGGCGAGAGGGCUCCUUCCUCACUGCAGUGCAGGCCUUAGCUGCACCAGAGGGGGAAGACCUUCUCCAGCACGCCCACCUUCCUGCCUCAUGAUUCAGCUUUCUGGGCUGGAGUGCAGUGUCCUAGUCCCUAAGUGCAAAGUCCUGGGCUCAGUCCCCAGCACUUGGUGUGUGUGGGAGGGGGAUCCAAGUUCCCCGUUCCACAAAAUUACAAAUUAUGGUAGGACAGGCCUUUAGGGUUAUUCACGAGUUACCAUUAAAAUUUUUAAUGACUAAGGCCCACUUGUCUGUUAAGAUGAGAUUACUUAUAUUGAUUUUUAAACCUUAUAUUAAUACCACACAAAACCUGUGUGAGAGUGUUUAGACUUCUUUUUUCCCCCAUGCCCCUGUGAGGAUCUUUGGCUUUAAUGUUAAAUUUGUAUAUUUUUGGUUUCAUGGUACUUUCAAAUGAGCAGGUUUCCUUCCGUUUCCAAACUUGCCUGUACUUUUUGUAUGGUUCAGAAUAUUUGACCGUUAUAUUUAUGUUAAGGUAUCAUUUGUAUAUCCACAAACAGCUGCUUGCUUUUGCUGAGUCAACUUAGAAAUUAAUUUACCCUGGUCUUGAUUGCAUUAUAUAUAAAGUGGGAAAACAAGUAAGAUCAUGACUUGAGGGUGUUUUGAGGUUAGUGUUACUGCUCACUUGAAUGUCCAUUUAAAAUAGUCCCCUAUUAUUGCAACUGAAUGUGUGUCUGUAUAAGCAACAGCAUGGGUAGGAAAAGGCCCCACUGGUUUAUACCCCAAGUUGUCUGUCAUACAGUAGAGUGAGGAAAUGCUUGGCUGGUGAGGAUUUUCAAGGAUGAACAGUUGUUUCUCUGAAGUAUAGUUACAGGCUUAUUGAGUUUCUGAGCAGCAUGAAAACAAUUCUUUGGUUCUUCACUGUGGAACUGAAACAUUCUCUAAAAUGCAGUUUUAUGGGUUCCGGUAGAUGGCAGCUGUGGGCGAAGUGAAAUGCAGAGCCUUCCCCAUUACAAGAGUACUGUCAUUUCCUCUCUGUUUGGGUUGGGCAGAUCCUUGUUUCUAUGAAGUUAAACUAGGAUUUGGUGCCACAUAGCACAGCCACAUUAUAUCAUAAAAAUGUGUUAAAUGGGAAAGCAUACUUCAGCCUUUGUAGACACAAGCAUUAAAAUCUUAAAUCUGAGAAAACAAACAAAUGGGCAGCAUCCUUUCUAUAUGAAAUGGGAUCAGUGUGCAAUUAAUACACUUAAUUUUAUACAUUCCCUGUGACCAGUUUCAAAUUACAUUUACUGAGUGUUUAUAUUAAUUUAAAUCAAAUGCUUUUAGCCUAAAGAAAGUCUUUUUAUAUAAACACUUGGGUUUUCAGCUUUGUUAUCUAAGUAUUAUGCACUUAACACCAGAUACCAACCUGUAAAGUAGUACUAUUGGGUCCUUUACCAGACCUGUCAGGGAGUUGAAAUUUCUUACACUCUAUCAGGUUAUUUGUUAAAAAAAAAAGAAAAAAAUCAAAAACCAAACAACUGUAAAACAUUUCAGAAUACGGCAGACACCUUGUUAAAAUGCAGCCAUUUGAUAAUGAAAGCAGAGACCUUUAGUUUUACCUAAUUGUUGCACUGAAUAUAAAUAAUAUAAAGUGAAUUGUAAACAGAUUUUUAUUUCCCAUUUAUUGCUUAGCAUAGAAAAAAAGCUAUGCUUAGUGUUAGAGGAUUGAGCAAGCAGACUCACUGCAGAUGAGGGUGAGAGGCAGAAGCACCUUAGCGUGAGCACUGUGCUUACACAGGCUGCUGAGCAGCAAGGGAGGCACUUUGAUCCUGUCAGAGAACGUUAAGAGGAACUGCCUCAUUGCUUUGUAAAAUGAAGCAGUGGUAUUUUUAAUCCUAUAAACAUGGUGUAACUUUAAAAGUUUUUCCUGCAAGAUGAGUUUAUAUUGUUGCCUAAACUAUCAUGUUUAUAAGCAGAGUUUUUUAAAGGUGGAAGAGAGGAAAGUAUGUGUGUGUACACAUUACAUGUUUGCCCAUAUAAUUAUUUCAAGAAUGCGUUUAUUCUAAAAUUUGCUGUUUUGCCCAGAAUUACAUUUGCAUUUGUAGGAUGUAAUUCCAAAUGUAUAGCUGUUUCCCCACUUCUGUCUUCUGUGAACAAUUACUAUGCCACUGUAAGGUGCAUGUAUGGAAAAUAUCUCUAAGAUUGACAGUUAAAAGAGUUAAUGGAUGUUAGAUCACAGUGAAUCUCAAAGAAGUCAUGUUUUGAGAGUUAGGGGAAGUUUGUUUUUGGUUUUUUAAAAUUCAUUUACAACAAACAGUGACUCAGUUGGAGAGGUUAGGGUGAAUAGGAAAGAUGAAAAGUGAUGUUUAGAUGUAAAAACGUAUGGCAUUGGGUUACAGAGUUCAGUUUUAACAGGGUCAUUUUUUUUUUAAACUUGCAUGUUCUAUGGUUAACUAUCAAAGAAUGUAACUAAUUAUUCCAGCUUUCCCCAGCACUCAUUAUUUUUAAGAAGUCUCCAUAAUCACAAGGUGGCAUUUUCAAGAUGGGUUUCUGUGGCUAUGUCAAAACCCCACUGGCUCAUGGGAUUUCUCACUGUGCUGUGUGUCUUGCCAAGCGUGAAGCCAGAUGUAGUUCAAUAAAAGUCAAAGGCCACAGGUCAUUUUGCGUGAAUAAAGUCCCUUAGAGCUAACAAAACUGACAUGUUUCUAGCCAUUCUGGGUACACGAAAAUUAUGCUGGCAAACUGAUUCACCAUUUACUAGCUUUGUGCAAUAUUGUAAAGGUAGAAGCAGAAACACUAGCACAUUGUGCUUGGCUUUACCGGUGGCUUUAUCACCAUGACAUUAAAUGGUCAGUGCGCGUAGUGGAUUGUAAAUGCAUCUUCUGCAGAUUUACAAGAAAUACGCUCAGUUAACAUUCUAAAGUAUUAAAAGUACAAAGAAAACACUAAGCAAGCAUUUAUAGCAAUACUAGGACAUCUACAGUAAUUGUUUUGACUGUAGCCUUUUGCUCAUUAGCACAAAUUUUCUGCAUUGUAUCAUUGUAUUGCUUUGUAUUUCAUGUUUUUUACACUCAUGACUUCAGAGUUAAGUACUUGUACACCAAGUAUUGCAAUCACCUUUCUCUUAUUGUACAUGCAAUGUAAUAACAUACAGUUUUGGUGCUUAACAAUAUUCCUUUUUUUCUUUAAUAAAGGAUAUUUAUUUGAAUUAA